AAAGAGCUGGUGAUGUAGUUCAGUGUGAAGGCCCUAUAGGUUCAGUUGUGGGUACCACAAAAAUAAGUAUUUUUAGGUAUGUACUUAAUUCAAGUGUCUGCAAAGUUAAAACCAUUAUUGUCUGAUACUAUAUACCCAUGUUUCACUUUCUUGCAAGUUUGUUAUAAUUUUCAUAUUUUAUCCACACUAGGGAAACUUUGGUGCACUCUGCUUUAACCAGUGUUUCACCCAGUGAAAUGCCCGUUCUGUCUUCAUAUACAACUCAUUUAAUAACGCACAUGUUAGAGUGCUGAGAUGUCCGUAUCACCUCUGAAGGACUUCUGUAAGUCUGAGUCACAAGUGUUAAAAUGACAGAAGCUGCAGGGCUGGGUGGUAAUUGUGGAGACUUUCUGGUUUAAACAGGAAUUUGAUGUAAAACAAGUCUUAGGAAAGACAGUCACGGCUACUGUGGUGGCACAACAACACCAUCAAAGACAGCCUCUUCUCUCCUCUACCAUCCUUGGCACGUAAGCGUUUGUUCCCCAGGUCAUUGCUUCCUGAGGGAACUAUGGUUGCUGCACCCACCCCAGACAGGAAGUUAGGUGCAGGGCAAGGAUGAAUUCUGGCCACCAAACCUUUCCGGGGAACCCCAGGAGCAACUUCAGAUUUCAUUUCAUUGGCUGGACCUGUGGCAAACGGCUGCAACCUAUGAUUCCCACAGAAUCAGACCUUGCUGGAAAAUAAUCAGCUUUGAAAACUAGAGAUCAAAAGUGCCAGCCCCUAGACGGGUGUGGUGGGGCAUUCCUGUACUUUCAGCAUUUGGGAGGCUGAGCCAAGAACGCUGGUGUGACUUCGAGGCCAGCCUGGACUGCACAGUGAGUUCAAGGCAAGCCUGAACUGCACAGCAAGAUCCUGUCUAACACCUCCUGCCCCAAAGCCAGCCCCAAGCAUCCUAUCCUUAAAAAUUACUUAAUUUUUUAAAAGCUAGAAUUAUGUGAAGAGUCCACUAGGAUGACUAAGUAAACAGCCAUCCCUUCUGCAGAAAACGUGAGUGUUAGUGAGCUGGGGCUCUUCUAUGACUGGAAACAAAGGGGACACCACCCCUAUUUCAGAAGAACACUUCAAAGGUCACUGCUGAGACCUAUAAAGCAUCCUGCCAUAAAGACAAGGUGGAGUGGGGUGAGGAGGAUAUAAGGGAUCCCACUUGACAUCCUUCUAAAGCCCAACGGGAAAGAGAUCAGCUUCCCAAAUUCCCUACAUUCCCUUGCAUUCUCCUGUAUGUGCAAGCCAGAUACAGGUGUGAAGAUGCACACCUCACAGAUUUUACUGCCCUGACUCCUACACUCGUGUAAAACAUGGAGAGUAAGCCAGUGUGGGGUGUUGAGUCAACCUUGCAUUCCUGUGUCCAAGCUAUACAACAGAAAAAUGAAGCUGUCAACCAUGUUUGUGUAAAAUGGCUUACAGAGGGCUGGUGAUGCAGGCUCAUGAAAGAAUUCACCAAUAUACACAGAAAGUAGAAAGACGAGAGUUGAUUUAGAUCCGGAUACCCUGCCAAAAGAGACAGCCAGGUAGAAUUUCAAGAAAGGAAUCACACAGAAACACACAGAAACUGGGUGCUUUUAGAAAUUUUUAAAUUCUUUUUGAGACAUGCUCUUGCUAUAUACUUCAGGCCAGCCUUCAACUAUGGAACCCUUGCUGCCUGGAAUUCAGUGAUCCUCCUGCCUCAGCCUCCCAAGUGCUGGGAUUAGAGGGGCACGCCCGGCCAGAUUGGACAUGAGCAUAUGUAAAAAGGGUCUGGGUAGCAAAUGUGAAGAUCUAAAGAAUGCCUUUCUCUUGGAUCAUUUAGCACCUUGCAGAUGUUCCGGGAGUACCUGUGCUGAUUUUAAAAUCACGUUUACACUUCCGACCAGGUCACUCUCCUCGGCCCGCACGCUUUCCGCUUUGGACAAAGAGGUGGCAAGGAGGUCUGUGCCGGUCUGUGCGACUUGGGUCCAGGCUGAGCGCAUGACUUCAAAGACGCAGCCGCCCGUGGGCCAGGCCACCCUCACCUGAGCUCUCGUCCUCGACGGCUCUCCCGGAGUCUGGCUGUUCAGAGGUUCAAUUCUUCUCGUCGCCAGCGGGCGCCGUGUCCUCGGCGGGGGAUCCGCGGGGCCGCUGUCCCCUCCUGUGACCAGGGCGUGGGCAAGGCCUUCUCUGCACUGCGCCUGGCAGGCCGCCUACCCUCGGGAAAGUCUUGACUCGGCCCCAGGCAGGGCAUUAACUCGGUCGGGGCUGACCCGUGCGAUGGAGAGGCCCUUCCCACCCGCACGGAGCUACCCCGGCGCCCCACCGGCUUCCCCAGCCGGGGAUCCCUCGGCCCUGAAAGCACCACAGGCGGCGGGGCGAGCCGGUCCCGCACCGCGCAGCCCCGCGCGUGACGCACUUCCGCCCGGAGUUUCCGGUUUGGGGGAUCCCGGUCCCACUCGACCAGGAUUCCAGGUCGGCGCCCCGGGCGCCGCAA